AUGAAGUUCAGGACAAGGGAACUUGACCUGGUCAGGGCUCUCGAUGAGACGUUCCUCCGGAUUGCCGAAAUCGGCCUGCGUGUCCUGGAAGGCGCCUGGUCCAUCGUCAUAAUCGGCUUCGUCGCGGCCGUUAUGAGCGGCCUUUCAGAUGCAGAUUCAGACGUGCCGCGCAAAGCGACUGCGACGGUGAUCAUAGCCUGCAUCUGCACCGUCUAUUCGGGCAUCACAAUCCUGCCCAUGUUCUUCGGAGGGGCCAUGUUCUUCUCGGUUUCGUUUGCCUUUGAUAUCCUCUUUGUGGCUGCCUGGGCCUCUUUGAUCGGUUUGUGGGAUGGCGACGCCACGGAUUCGUGCCGCGCCUUCAAAACAAAGUACUUUGGCGGCCAGCCUUCAAAGUCGCACUUCCAAACCGACUGCGAGCUUGUUAAGGCCAUGUUUGCAUUCAUGAUUGUCAAUCUGGUAUCCUUUUUGGGGUCGGCAGUGAUCGCAUUCUUCCUGCGCCUCAUCGAACUCGAAUAUUCUAUGAACUGGAGAGCCUCCCCAGCGGUAAACAAGUUCACCAAGCGGGGAAGACAAACACACUGCACCUGUUGCAAGCACAACGCGAACAAUCCCUCACCGCAGCGGACCUCGACGGCUGAGAGUACCGCACCGUUCGUGUAA